UAAAGAAGAAUCCUAAUGAGGCUUCCUGAGCGCUGGGUCCGCCGGCUCAUCCAUCCCAGCGGGAGUGACAGUCCUGGAUCGUUAGCACUGCACAACUACACAACGCCCCCUAGGGGGGGAGACAAGCAUCCCGGAAGUUCAGCAUCACUUGCUCCUUCAGGAAGAGACGCAGCAUCGUCAGUGCUUUGACAACAACGGGGGACAGGGGCCACAAACAUCGGCCUGGGCGGCAGACAUAUCCUCCUGUUUUUGCAAGUGGAAUUCAUAUGGAAAAGGACAAAUGAAGUGACCAACAGGAUACAAUGUCAUCAUUCCAGGUGGUGGACACGUCACCGGGCAGCAGUGUCAGCGUCAUGGAAACGUCCAACUUUGCCCAUGUCAUCUUCCAGAAUGUGGGGAAGAGUUUCCUGCCCCAGGCGCCCCUGGAGUGUUGCUACACCCUGACCCCUUACAUUACUCCCCACCCCAAAGACUGGGUGGGCAUCUUUAAGGUGGGUUGGAGCACAGCCAGGGAUUACUACACCUUCCUUUGGUCUCCUAUGCCUGAAAACUACGAACCAGGAAGUACUGUGCACAGGACAGUGGUGUUCCAAGGUUAUUAUGUUCCUAAAUCCGACGGAGAGUUCUACCAGUUCUGUUAUGUCACACACACUGGCGACAUCAGAGGAGCCAGCACGCCCUUCCAGUUCAGGUCAGCCACACCCACCGAGGAGCUGCUGACGGUUACCGAGGAUGACAGCAACUCCGACAUACUGGUCGUCACCACCAAGACUGGCCUGCUAGAGCGUGUGGAGGAGGCGCAGCAGGAGCGCAGGGAGCUGCUGAAGGCCAUGCGGCUCCUGCAGGAGGAGAAACAGCAGCUGCAGGAGGAACAGAAGCGACUGGCCAGGGAGAGGGAGCAGGAGAGGGAGACAUGCUGCCUGCUGCGCACACACAACCAGGAGCUGCUGCGCUCGUCGCAGGGGCUGUCAGAAGAGAGGGAGGAGGUGAGGAGGAGGCUGACAGAGGCCACGGACCGGGUCCGCCAGCUGGAGGAGGACCUGCUGGGAGUCACCCAGAGAGGCCUACAAAAGGAGACGGAGCUCGAUUGUCUGCGUGACCGUCUGAAGAAGCUGACAGCAGAGAGAGACAUCCUGGAGAGUCAGCUGAAGAAUGAGAAGGAUGAGAGAGACCUCUAUAAGGCCCACCUGCGCAGCACUGAGCUGGAGAACACUAAGCUGAGCGCAGAGCUGCAGAUGCUGAAGGCGGUGGAGCUGAACCGGGAAGUGACUAUUGCCCAGUUCCAGGAGGAGCUGGACAGGCUCAGGGCCUGUGUUGCCCAGCGGGAUAACCUGGAGAAAGAGCUGCUGGCACACAAGGCUGACAAGGCAGAGCUAGCCCGUGUGCGUGAGCAGCUUCGUCAAGCCGAGGAGCAGCUCCAGGCAUCCCGGCAACAGGCCUCCCUGCUGGCCUCGGAGCUCCGCGACUCAGCCAGCGCCCGCGACCACACGAUGACUGAGCUGUACCGCGCCCGCUUGGAGGCAGACAAGCUCCGUGCGAGUCUGGCUGAUGCUCAGGCCGAGUGCCAACGCAUGGAGAGCCAGUUGGACCGAAUGAGGAGCACCGCACAGAAGGAAGUGGGUGUCGGUACCGGCGGGGAGGUGACGCCCAGCAUGAUGGUGGUGUCGGAGGCAGAGGCUGAGCUGCAGAGGGAGGUGGAGGAACUGAAGCUGCGUCUCCACAUGGCAGCUGAGCACUAUAAGGAAAAGUACAGAGAGUGCCAGCGCCUCCGCAGGCAGGUGGCCAAACUGAACACAACUGAGUCACAGGGGGAGCCAAAGAGAAACGCAUCCACUGAGACAACACUGGAGCCACUGACCCCCAGUCCAGAGUCACCAACAGCAGGAAAUAUUGCUACCGCAGUCCUUCAAGAAGCCGCUGAAAUGACAAUCAUCCCAGAACUUAAUAACAGGGAAUUCACACACACUGACGCACACACCAGCACAGAGAAGGAAGAAAAGCAGAGAGAGAGCGCGCCGGUGGAGAGCAGCGAGGCAGAGGCUGAGAGAGAAGUAAACCAAGGAGAAGAUGGAAAAAUAAAAGAAAAAGAGGAGAAGAGGGAGAGCCUGCGGGAAGAGAGCCUGAAGAUGACGAGCUGGGUGGAGGUCGAGAACGAGAGGCAGGGCGUCGGGGAGAACGGCGAGGCGGAAGGGGUAGAGGAAGUGGGAGAUGGCGCGGAGGAGCAGGUGCUGCUGGAGGUGGAGGGGAGGAGCAUGGGGGAGGCAGAAAAGGAACAGACACGUUCGGUUGAGGAGGAGCUGGCAAUGAUGGAGGAGAAGUGGAGGGAGCAGUGCGCCAUCAACGAGACGCUCAAACAGCGGCUGGCCAAUGAGGAGGAGCGAUUCAGAGUGCAGAUGGCAGAGCGAGCCAGUGAGGUGACGGAGCUGAAACGCAACCUCGCCCAAGCCCUGAGAGACAAAGAGCAGCUACAGGAGGAGCUGCAGCGCUAUGCGUCCAGGCAGAGGGAGCAGGAGACUGGUGUUCAAGGUGCUGAAGUCAGGCAGCCAAUGGUGCUGCGCUACCCACUGCCCUACCCCCAGGACCCUUCCCCUCCACCGCUGGUGCCACAAAGGCCUGCUGAGCUGCAGUACGGCAAUCCCUACUCCACGGACACCACAAAAGAGCGGGUGGAUGUCGCGCUGUCUCCCGAGCACAUGUCCCGUCCUCCGCCUGAGGCCCCACCUUGCGCACCUCCAUGCGCUCCCCCAAUCACACCCCCAAGCCCAGGCCCCGGGGCGCCGGGCUGGGAGAGAGAGGUGGUCUGCAUCCAGCCCUCUCGCACCACGAGCCCCCCAGAGAGCCUGGACCAAUCACCAGAGGAGCCACGUAAUGUGGGUGACGCGGCUCAGCCAUCCUGUGACCAUCAGUCCAGUAGACGCAGUGAAGCCAGGAGCAGCUUCUGCUUUGACUCAAGUAGUGACGUUCACAAGCGCUGCCCGCUAUGCGAGGUGAUCUUCCCGCCCCACUUUGAGCAGCGCAGCUUCGAGCAACACGUGGAAAGCCACUGGAAGGUCUGCCCCGUCUGCUCCGAGCAGUUCCCCCUCAACUGUCAGCAGCAGCUCUUCGAGAGGCACGUCCUCACGCACUUCGACGGCCACGUGCUCAACUUCGAGCAGACUGACUGAAGGGGUGAAGGUCGGCAGAAGGCGGAGCUAGAAUUGUGACAUACUGUAUGGGUUAAUGUGUGUUUUCAGCUGUUAGUUCAUUUCAAUUGGAGGUUUGGUUAAGUUGUCUUGUUAAUAUACAAUCAUGAGCACUUUUUUGCAAUCUUAACAAAGGUUAGAAAGAAUGUAGUCUACUUCUGAAAGGAAGCAGUUUAUCCUUUGGCAGCAUCUCCACCAAGGUGUUUAUCAUGUAGGUUAGCUUCCACCUUAAAGGGGACCUAUGAUGCUCAUUUCCAACUCGAUACUUUUAUUCUGGGACUCCACUAGAAUAGCUUUGCAUGAUUCACAGUUAAAAAAAAAAGUCCUUAUUUAUCUUAUAGU